AUGGUCUCCAUGGCCUUUUGGGCAAACCAGCCAUCAACAGAUGCUUCGCAGGCCUUGGUCGAGGCCUGCAUAUCCGGUGACAUCGUGCAACUUGCCGCCGGGGCCAACGGCUAUUUGCCAGCAGAAACCCAAGCCAUCCGCGAUGCCCUGGGCAAUUCGCUGCUGCACAUGGCCGCCAUUCGCGGCCAUCGUGGCAUUUGCAUGCAGCUGAUCCUGCCAGGCCAUUUUCCCGUGCACCUUCGCAAUCACAGGGGGCACACAGCUCUCGAUGAGGCCCUUUUACACGGGCACCAAGACCUGCUUUACCUCCUCUCUCGACAGGCCUCCAUUAGUACCAAGUACAGAUUCACUCUUUCUGCACUCCACAGGGCUCUGACAGUGGCAGCUACCGGCCCCGGCCGCGCUGUUCACUAUCCGGAGAACACGGCGGACCACCUGCUUCGUGCGCUGUCGUGUGCUGCCAAUCCAGGCAUGCUAGAACUAGCCAUUGAGGAUGCCCUAUCAGCCAUGCGAACAGCGCACAAUAACCUUUCACCAAACGCCGAUGCCAUCUCCUCAGGCCGCUCUCGCUCCUCAUCACAAAACCAAUCAUCUGGGUCCCCACGCUCCAAUCAGUGGUUUGGGCGUCGACGACGCGCGCGCUUUAGUUCAGAUCCCAUUGAACUAGAUCCUGGCGCAGCCACCACCGCCACAGCGAUGCCCGGGCCCAACCGAACGCGCAAGAACAAGGACAAUCGCUCGCGUAGCCGAAGCGUCAAUCCUCAAGAUGCUGUCACAUCUGCCCCCACCUACAAAAGCGCUGAUUCGACAGCCAAAGCAGCCGUCGCGACUCCAACCUCCACGCCGACCCCUGGCGUCAACGACUCUCUGCUUCGUGUCCGUCACGGUGAUCUGAUCGUCAAGCUCUUGGAUGCGCGAAAUGAUUUGGAGUUCAUCGUCGUCGGUGGCUCCAAGCAACGCCUGCUGUCCCUACUCUUGCAGGGUCAAAGCCUCGGGGACACCAACUAUAUUCGUGACUUCUUCAUGUGCUUUCGCAUGUUCAUUUCUUCCACGGAAGUCUUCCAAUUUCUCUACCAACACGUGGCAGACCACCCGACAGAUCGUGAUCUUGUGACCAAGUUGCUUUGCGUUUGGUCUCAAGGCUACCACGACCCGCCGCACGCCACUGAUUACGGUUUCAAUCGCGACGCUGGCCUCGUCAAGGUCAUGUACCAGUUUGCUCAGUGCUUGCCGGACACUUGCACCUGGAAAAGUCACCUCAAGCUCAACCUGUCACCUGCACCCAGCCGCAAAGUGGAGGACUGGCAACCAGGCGCCACCAUCCCGCUCUAUAUUGAGAUUACCAAACCCGGGGGUCAUCGCACGGACAUGCAGUUCGAGUUGGAACCCGAGCGCACUCUUGCAGAUGUCAAGGUUCAGGUUUGCCGCGAGGAUCUUGAGCAGGCCAAUCGCAACUAUCAGGGACACCUCGGUGCUGAACAAUAUUCGGGCGGCCACCUGAUGACCAUCGAUGCCCACUCUUAUCGCUUUCGCUGCCCAGGCUUUGCCCUCGCCAUCUCCGAUACCCUGCAUCCCCACGAGCUGCGCCUAUCCCGCGUGCUCCUUGUACCGGAACGAAGCGUCGGCCCCUGCUACCACCAGGAAAUCAAUGUUGACUUGAUCUGUGACGUCAUGACCAAGCUAGACCACGAAGACUUUUGCCACAUUGACGCGGUCAACCUGCUUCAGGAAAAUUGGCGCAAGGGUGAAAAUCGCGACGAAAUGCUCGUCAACCGCAUCACGCAACGCUUCAAUCAAUUCAACAACUGGGUCCUCACCAUUCUUCUCACCGAGCCAGAUGUGCGCGAGCGCGCACAGAACUUGGAGAAGCUCAUCCAGCUGAUUGACCGUUUCGACGAGAAUCAAAACUUGCACGGCGUCUUUGCCGUCAUUUCUGCCCUCUCGCACCCUGCUGUGCGCCGUCUUGUGCGUACUUGGGAACUGGUGGGUGACACGUGGCGCUUCUACUUUAAUACGAUGGAGAAGCUGCUGAGCCCCUCGGACAAUCGCGCCAAGUACCGUUCGCGGCUCAAGGGCUUCUUUUCUGCCGGCACGGUCCGGCAGCCAGCCUAUGGCUUUGCCACUAGUCGUCGUUGCCAGCUCCCGACCAUGCCAUUUGUGGGCAUCUUCUGCCAGGACGUUCUGUUUUGCGAACAAGGCAACCCGGACCGCAUCAAGCUCUCCGUUGCCGAGCCAGACAUUCCGUCUGAGAACGAUCAGGAACUGAUUCAUUUUUACAAGCAUCGUGCGGUUGGCAAGCUGCUGGAACACUUGCGCGAAUUUCAGCGCACCCCCUACACCGUGUCCCACUUGCCUCUGGCUACGCCGCAGAAUCUGACCAUCGCGCGGUGGUUCUUGCAACACCAAAAGUCCAUCUCCCGUAGUGAGUGCAUGAAUAUUAGUUUGAAACUGGAAGAGCCCAGCAGCAGGGACGAAGAUGCCGACUCGGGACAGAUUGACUUUAUGUCUGGCAAGAACACAUCGCACGUCGUCAACUUGGACGAGAUUAACGAACCCAAGAGCAGCCGUCGAGUUCGCCAAAAUAGCCUGCGCAGCUCGGGCCGUUAUGCUACGCUGAGCCCAUCCACAAGCAUGCCGCAACGCGAGGCGACUGCGCGUUUUCUCGCUGGCUUCGCAGUCAAGGAUGACUUGAUGGCUGAUCCGCAGCAGCUGCGGGCCCGAGUUCUACAGCUGCAACAAUCAGCCAUGGCCCUCAACGCUCAAAAGCUUUUUGUGACGUGCGACAUCGUUGAAAAUCGCGUGUACAUGGUCGUGCCCACCACGCAUGCCAUUGUCAUGUCUCGGCCUUUGCAGCAAAUAGAGGCCGUUGUCAUCAUGGUGGACGAAGAAAUGUUUUAUCUUGUGUCGAAGAAUGAGCAGGAUCAGCGCGAGUGCCAUGUCUUCACGACUGAAGGUCAUGAUUCGUUUGAACUUGUGAUGUACCUCCAAAAAACGUUUCAGCGCUGGGUGGAGCAUACUCGUGAGGCCCGCGAUCGAGCCAUGGCCAAGCUCACAAACUUGGAUCACCCCGUCCCCAACGGAGCCUUCGUCCUACGGCCCUCCACCUCACAACCGGGCUGCUUUGCCUUGUCCGUGAAGUUCAAUGAUCAAGUGACACAUUACCUGGUCGAACGCUUGACGGAUGGCAAGUUUAGCUUCAAAGACUCUGACCGCGCAUUUUUAACCCUGCGCGACCUCAUUGUGCACUACUGCAUCUUCCCCACCGAAUUGCCUUUUCGAUUGACGCCCACAGAUUCGGCAUUUUUGACGGAGGAAUGCCCUCGCUUUGCCAGCAACGCCUUGCCAGUGGUAGAUGACGACGACGAGUUGAAUCACCAGCCAUGGUUCUUUGGUGACAUCUCCCGAGCCGAAGCUGAGGCUCAACUGUCAAAGCACUCCCGUCCGGGCCUGUUUCUUGUUCGAACCAGUAGCACGGGCAAGGACAAUUUUGCGCUUUCUUUCCUUGAUGACGAGUGCGUCAUCACCCACGUGCUCAUCACCUUCGUCGAUGAUUUGGGAUUCUGCCUUGAUGGCAAGCCCUGUGCUGAUACACUCUUUGACUUGGUCAAGAUUUGCAGCACUCCGGAACAGGACUGGCUACCUUGCCCGCUGCUCAUGCCAUGCCCUUCUCCGGCGCUCGUACACGCACCGGCAGUGGAAACGCUACGCGUCGCUUCGGAUUCCAUGGGACGCGAAUCUGCUCUCCAGAGCAGCGAUGGUGAUAACGAUUCCAUUCGCAGCGGGGUAAGCACUGGGCGCAAGAAAAAUUUUAUUCGCCGCGUGCUACAUAACUACGUGAUGUUGCCUUUGAAGAAUCGCGACUCGGUUGCCGCUAUCAGCGUGGAAGAUGUGGACAUGGGGGCGCUCGACAAGUCUAACAAUGCCCAUCAAGAAGGCCACGACGCAUCAACAAACAGCAAACUUCCGAUUCCUCAGGUCUACUCGCGCCUUUCGCCGGUUAUCUUGGCUCAAGUUAGCCCCCUUGUGCGACGCACGGGCUCCGCCUUGGCCAAGAACGAGCAGGCUGCUUCUCAUUACAGCAGCGCCCAUGCCGUCUGUGUCCAGUUGGCCCAACACACCCUAAACUCUGGCCCUUCACAGCGCUCGUUGGAAUCCCAACGCACUGAGCAGAGUCCUUCACAGCGCUCGCAAAGCUCACUGAGCACUGUGCUGAGUCCCUCUCCUCGCCCCGCUCAUUCCAAUAAUCAUGCUCAGGGUGGGUCAAGCCCCCACACGCACCUGUCGACACCCACCCGGAGCUCAGGCAUGCCUGCACAGACCUCCAAUGGCGUGCAGGAUGGCGCACAAGCUCCUGGCAGCGGUGGACGUGCCGUACACAACGCGUCUCCAUCCAACGCGCAUCGCCGUAUUCAACACAACAACGGCGCUGCCCCUGGACUUCCGGAACACUCCAUUCACAAACAGGUGGCACUUGGCGGCUUGGGGCGGCAUACGGAUAGCGCAGGCACUGAUGACUCGGGGGGCUCCGCGCACCGUGUUCCCGGUGUGGCACUUGACAACAUUACGGAAGUUGACUCAAAUCGGCCAAGCCCCCGUGCAUCAGUAACACCCGAGGUCGCGCAGCAGCUGGCAUUGAACCGACGAGCCACCAUCAACCGCAUCAAAAAGGGGAAGAUCUCGCUCUCUUCAGUCGUAUGA